CUGUACAAAAGUAAACACAUUUGUACAAUGUAGUAAAUGUAGAAUAGGUGUAAUAUAGGAAAUAGUAUCGGUAAUCCAAUUUAAAUAUAAUUCCUUAGUAGAACAUUCAACAGCAGGAAAUAUUCAAGUUGUCCUUUUUGUUGCAGAAAUUAAGUUAGUUUGAAAACUAAGCUUUAAGUAACCUUUUUUCCAUUUAGUUGUAUCCUUGGUUUACAAUAAAAUGAACAACUCCUCUUGUUACAACUGCACCGCUGUUGCAUCAACAACACCAAUUGGUGACAAUGUAAUAUCAUAUGAGAAAGUUGUGCAAAUAGCUGUGCAUACAUUCAUUUUUCUAAUUGGAUUAUUUGGGAACAGCUUUGUGAUAUCAACUAUUCUAUGUCGCAAAAAAAUGCAAACUAUCACCAAUUGGUUUGUUUUCAAUAUUGCAAUAUCUGACAUUGCUAUUGUUGUUAUUUCGUUACCAAUUACCAACCUGUUUCCCUUCAUUAGUUGGCCUUUUGAUAAAACUUCAUGCCAAUAUUUGAUAUAUCCAAUUCUUGAACAUUUUGCAGGAGUAUCAGUAUUAACACAUACAGCCCUGAGUCUUGCACGCUACAUCGCCAUACGAAAUUCAAUGACUGGGAAAACAUUGAGUAUAAACCAUGCCAGAAUAGCAAUCGUUAUUAUUUGGCUUGUAUCUUUUCUUGUUAUGUCUUCAACACUGAUGGGUCCCCUUGGAAAAUUUCGCGUUGUUUCUAUUGGUGGGCAAAGCAAAUGCAUUCUUUUCUGGGCUUCAAAGCGAUCACGAGUAACAUAUCGCAUUUUAAUAGUGACAUUAACAUAUGCUGUUCCCAUGACAAUGACAGGAUUUGCAUACCAUAGGAUUCACAAUAUUGUCGUUAAUAGCUUGGAGAGAGUACAUAGCCACAUGUCGUACGAUGCACUAUCAAGUCGGCAACGCAAAAGCCGUCGUACAGAUCGUGUAUUGAUGACGAUGUAUGGCGUAUUCGCAUUAACAACACUACCGUUACAAUUAUUUUACGUCGUCAAUGAUUUUGGUGUCAUUCCUAUCUCAUAUGGGACAAAUAUUACAUGGUUACUUUUGUUAGCUUUAUUUUAUACUCAAGUCUUUACGAAUCCAUUCAUCUUGUUUUAUAUGAGUGAAGACUUUAGAUUUGGAUUAUACAAUCUUAUGGCUACUUGUUGUAUACCAAGACCAAAACUGCGUCGCUUUUCGUAUAUGCUUAAAAGAGGUUUCAAAGUAUCAGCCUGCCAUAUGACUCAUGCAGAGUUUACACAAAAGUACGACUAUAGAACACGUUCGGACAAACCAAGUAUAUACGUUAUGAAUGGAGGGAAGAUGAUUUUAACCCCAGUGAUCAAUAAAAAACUUGACAAUGCAAAUCUGAAUAAUGAAAAUAGUUUAUCCUCGUGUGGGUCAUUUGAAGAAGUGAAUCAUAGUGUUGAUGGUGAUGACUUUUCUGAAGAUAACGCAAAUAAUACGCCUUUAAGUUCAACCAAUACGCCUCAGGAUGAAACAAGAAGUGAAGAAAUGGAGGCUUCUUAUUCGUGCUGUUCUUCAAACGAUUUCAUGAAUACUUUACAGAAUGUAAAUUCAAGUAUGGAUUACACUUUUUAUUCAAAUAGUUCUCUCUCGUCAUCCAGCAAUAUUGAAAACAACAACCAAAAUAAAAGAAUGGAUAAAGAUGAACAGUUUUUUCUUUAUAGUUCUGUUAGUGAUACUGAUGAUGAGUGUGUUGGUGAUGAAAUUAACAGCAGUCAAAAAAAAGCAUCGCUCAAUUUGAUGCAAAAACUGUUACGUGAAGUGGAGAAUGACAUUGAAAGCAUUGAUUCUUUAGUCGAGAGUAAAACAGGUGAAAAUUUGAAAUAUCAAAAGAAAUGGACUAAGGUAUCUGCAAAAGAUGCUGCAGAAAUAAAAGAUUCUGAUUGGGAACAGGGAAGCAUUUACUCUGUAUAUUCUUCGGAAAGUAUGUCAUCUGAAGAUCGUUCGACUGAUCAAACAUUUUCACAUGAGGAAGGGGAGAUACAAAGUAGAAAUGAAAUUAAUUGUCUGUCGGAAUGUGAAAAUUCAAAGGACUUCAUGGAAAGUACUCAAAUGGAUAAAAAGCUUUCGAGAGAAUCCAUAACAGCUUAUUACGAUGACGGGACAUUGUUAUAUUUUUAUGACCCAACUGUGGGAAAAGUAAGUUUCGAUCAUGACGAUGGAAGAGAAACAGAUAUUUAGACAUUUUUCUUUAUGAUAAAAAAAGUUUCAAACUUGCUUUCCCUGUUCUUCCUAUCUCUUUAUUUUUAUAUUUUUCUGUUUUUUAUUUUUGUUUUAUUUGUUUGUGUGUCCUGUUAAUCUACCAUCGUAUUGUAGAAUUUUUUAUUUAUGGUAAAUAAAAAAAUUAGUUUAUUAUAUGUUUUUGUUAUGUUAUGAAAUGUUAUGGAAUGACUCGUAAAUUGGCAAGUGUACCCUAAACGUCAAACUGACGUUUAUAAUUAAA